GUUAUCAAAUAUUCAAAUCUCUUUCUCUCCCAUUACAUCAUUGUCUAGGUUUAUUGCUCUGUUCUCUCUAUCCCCUGUGGUCCUUGACCUCUUUAAAUCUCUCUUAUCACUUUCUCAUUUUCUUUAUAUCUCUAACUGUCUCUAUAAUCCGAAACACUUUCUUACAAAUUUCUCUCUUCCUUGCUCUUCCUUUUUCUUCUUUCACACCUAUUCAACAAAAUAUAAAACUAUUGUGGAGUUAACAUAAACCCUUUAUAUAUAGCUUGUUCCACUUUCUUUUAUAGCUCUCUUCUUAAUUUGUACACCCCUUCUCUCUAUAUCUUCUCUAAAAUCCAAUCUAGAAAAUUAGAGAGAUAAAGCACACAACUUAAAGGUCAUUUUCUUGCGGCAUUGUAGUGUUACAAACUAAACAAAACGAAGAAACAAGACAAUGUCAAACAGAAGAUCAAGACAGUCUUCGAGUGCUUCAAGGAUCUCUGAUGACCAGAUGAUCGAUCUCGUUGGUAAGCUCCGUCAGUUUUUGCCGGAGAUUCGUGAACGGCGUCGUCCAGAAAAGGUGUCAGCAUCGAAGGUACUGCAAGAGACAUGCAACUACAUAAGAAAAUUGCAUAGAGAGGUUGACAAUCUCAGUGACCGUUUGUCGCAGCUUCUCGACUCAGUUGAUGAAGAUAGCCCUGAAGCUGCCGUGAUUAGUAGCUUACUCAUGUAAACUUCCAAUAUAUUUGUCAUGAUUAUAACUUCUUAAUAUUAUCUAUUUAUUAAUUUAUCUAUAUAUAUGUAAUGUAAUCUUGUUCGUCCUUAUCAAGCGACGUGUUUUAGCUU